GGUAUUCGUGCACGAAUGCAAAGACCCGCUUGUUUUUGCGUUAAUUUCUAAAUCAAGAAAGCAGGAUGGCCGAUUUGAAGCGCGAUUUGGACGAAUACCUGCUGCUGCAGGAGAAUCAAAAGAAAAAUUUCAAGCUUGAGAUGCCCAAAAUGCCCACCAUCCCGACACCCGGAUUGGUGGGCAAGCUGUUCGGUCGGAACCAGGAACCAGAGGCAAAUAGUUGGCUCAAGGAUACUCAGGACACUUGUUGCCCAAAGUUGUCUCGAAUACAACGGAUCGUCGGUUUUGUGACGUGUAUGGGGCUCGGCAUGUUUUGCAUGGUAGUGUCCACUUUCUACAUACCAGUGCUUAUACUGAAAGCGAGAAAGUUUGCCCUAUUAUAUACGCUCGGCAGUUUAUUCUUCAUCAUGAGUUUUUCUUUUCUGAGCGGCUUUGGAGCAAUGUUUCGUCAGAUGUUUUCCCGCGAGAGGUUGGCAAUGUCCAUCAGUUACAGUUGCUGCAUGGUGGCCACGCUUUACUUUGCAAUGGUAGCACAAAGUACCGCAUUCACUGUCUUGUUUGCCGUGGCGCAAAUAAUCACGCUGCUGUGGAUGAUUCUAGCAGCAAUACCAGGAGGCAUGAGUGGGGUGAAAUUCUUUGGCAGCAUGUUCCGAAGUUCGGUAUCCAACACGCUUCCAGUGUAGGAUUCUAUCGAGCAAAAGAAGCGAAAGGAAUGUGCACGUGUGAUAUCUUGAUAGUUGAUCCCGAAAAUAUCAUUACGACUUGGCUGUUUUCCCAAGGAAUGGAAAAGUAUUUUCUUUCGUUGAGCCAAAACAAAGUACUAAUUAAUAAAUGUUUAAGAAAUAAACUGCUAGUAUUAACAAACAA